AUGAAUGUGACAUCGUUUGUUGAAGACAAUUGGUUCAAUGAUAUUCAAUAUGGUAAUAAAGGUGCUGCUUUAUUUAUUAUAACUUAUAUUGGUUUUUAUGGUUUGAGUAUAAUAUGUUUAUUUGGUCAACAAUUAAAACAAACUCAACGACAACGUCAAGAAUUACCUGUUCAUUUUUUAAAAACACUAUGGGAUGUACCAAAUAAAAACCGACUUUAUCAAGAAUUAGCUGAUGUUGAACGUUUAAAACGAAUAUUUCGUUGUUAUUUUGCUGAUCAUGAAACAUAUACAACAAUCGGACAUGAUGAUCUUCAAGCAAUGGUUGAAGAACGUGCAUAUAAAUGUGCUUUAAGAUAUCGACAAAAAUUACGACGUCUUCAUUUAUCUCAUACGGAUUAUCUUGAUACAGUGAAACAGUCAAUAGACAAUGAUGCAGAAGAAAAAUUGUCAAAAUCUACUGUAUUAACACAUACAAAUAUUCAAAUUACAACAAUUGAUGAUAUGAAUAGAAAAGAAAAUGAAAAUCAAAUUUUAUCGAUUUCUGUUGUUUGA